AAGGACCUGUGAGGGCAGGGGACCAAAGUGCUGGGAGAAGUGGCAGGGAAGGACGGAGCACCAGCGUGGCACAGGGUGCGAGCAUGGGGGAUGCUCAGCUGAGGAGGAGCCUUGAGGAGCACGAUACAGGGUGCCGUAGCUGGGCUUGGGAUGCCACUGUGCUCUGCUGAGACCUGCACCCCGUGCUGACUUGCCUCACCACAGAAGACACCCUGAGGGACACUGGGAGGUGGGUGCUCCCCUGUUCUGUCCCUGGAUGUGCACCACAUCGCUUUGGGCAGGGGUGAAGGUACUGCUGGAUGACGGCUGAGGAUGUGCUAUGGAGCUGGGAUUCAACUGCUCUGAGCUCUGCGAUGGCAGCUCCAGUUUCGGCAGCCAGGCGCAGCAGCAGCGGGCGCUGCAGGAGCUCUGCACCCUCGCUGUGACAUCUUCUGACCGCAGUGGUAAGAGCUCCCCAUCCUUCUCUGCUGCUCUCCUGGGAGUUGUGUGGACAUUUGUGACUGGUGGAGUCCUGCUAGCACUCUUCUUUCUUGUCUUCACUAUUCGCUUCAGGAAAAACAGGAUCGUAAAGAUGUCCAGCCCCAAUCUGAACAUUGUGACCCUGCUGGGCAGUGGCUUGACUUACGCUAGUGCAUACCUCUUUGGGAUUCAGGAGCAGAGCCUGCCCUCUGGAGACUCGGUGGAAAAGCUUAUUCAAGUGCGGCUCUGCUUGCUGUGCGUGGGGACCUCCCUGGUGUUUGGCCCCAUCCUGGGGAAAAGCUGGAGGCUGUACAAGGUGUUCACCCAGAGAGUGCCAGACAAGCGGGUGAUUAUCAAGGACCUCCAGUUGCUGGCGAUGGUGGCAGCACUGGUGCUGGCAGACACUGUGUUACUCUUAACAUGGGCAUUCUCUGAUCCAGUCCAGUGUUUCCGAAGCCUCAGCGUCUCACUGCGGGCGACAGAGAAAGGCAUGACCUGCUCAGUGAACCGCGUGCAGUCCUGUGCAUCUCUUUAUUCCGAUCUUUGGCUCGUUCUCAUUUUAGGGUUUAAGAGUAUCCUCCUGCUGUAUGGGACCUACUUGGCCGGUCUGACGGACAAUGUCAGCUCCCCGCCAGUCAACCAGUCCUUGACGCUCAUUGUUGGGGUCAACCUUGUUUUCCUGGCUGCCAGCACAGUCUGCUUAGUUCAUCGUUUCUUCCGCACUUGGCACAACUUGGUGUUUGGUUUUACCUCUGGAGGCAUCUUUGUGUGUACAACCACAAUCAACUGCUUCAUCUUCAUCCCACAGCUCAAGCAGUGGAAAGCCUUUGAAGAAGAAAGCCCAACCGUGAGCCACAUGGCAAAAUAUUUCACCAGCCCGAGCAGGAGCUGCCGCUCAGUGUACAGCGAGGAGCAGCUCUACCAGCUGAUAGGGGAGAAAAACUCCAUGAAGCGGCUGCUCACUGAGAAAAAUGCUGUGAUCGAAAGCCUGCAGGAGCAAGUAAGCAGUGCCAAGGAGAAGCUGAUGAGGCUGAUGUCUGCGGAGAGCGGCUGCGACCCCCACAUGCCAUCAGCAGCUCCCUGUGCCCGGAGCGUGGGGAUGCACGGGGAUGUGCCGGGGGACUGCUCCCCUCCAGAGCUGGAGCAGGAUGGGUGGCAGUCUCCCCUCUUGCUGAGUGCACCACCUUCCUGCAGCAAUGCUCAGGACCUCCGGAAACAUGCGAGCCACGAGCCUGUUUGCCCUCAGAUGCUGCUUUUUGACACAGAGGGUGGCCUUGAACGUGGCCUGAAAGACACCAGGGAGCACGGGACAACUGCAGGGCACGGGCAGCCUCUGGAACAGCUUCCCAGCCAGGACAUAUCAGCUGGUGUGGCCUGGGAGUUGUCCCCCAAAGUCAGCUAUGUGAGCCGUGAGAAGUUGUGGGAAAUCUUGCAAGAGCUGAGCCUGGAUGGCAAAACCUACAGCCCAGCCUUACUGGAGGGACCCUCAUGUGGCAGCCAGGGCCUCCCAGCUGAGCAGGGAGGAACAUGGGGAACCCAAGGGAGCUACCCAGGCAUCCACAGGUCCCUAAGCCCCUACCUGGCAAGGCGACGGCGGAGAAUCCUGCUGCCCACCACCUCUACCCACUUCUCUGGACACGUGUCCCCUCGUGCCAGCCACGGGGUGAAGGAGGUGGGUGGCUGGGGCCAUGGGGAGUUGGCACAUAUCUCCCUGGGGAGGGAAGGGGAAAUGGCUGGUGGGGAGCUGGUUCAACCACCAGCACCAUCUCCUCCAACCAUCCCCAUUUCCAGCGAGGUCUCCUUCCAGCCAGAGGGAUGGCCAGGCUGGCCAGAGUCCCAAGUGGCUUCUCCAUGCCUCCCACGGGAGCAGCGGCGGUGGCAGGGCACCCUGAGGGGACCCGGUGAACCCUCCCUGCGCUCUCUGUACUAUUACCCGGACUCUGACUCCAGCAGCAGCAGCUCUGAGGAAAUGUUUCAUGGCUGCCACCGGCCCUGCUGUGAGGUUUGCUUCCAGAGCCCGCGAGGCUCCCUGGACAGCAGCAGCACGGACACAGACACAGAGCCCAGUAGCUGUGCAGUCCACCAGACAGAACACCACAGUGGGCCCCAACCCGUGGUGAAUUUCAAAGAAGAUCUGAAACCCACCUUUGUGUGACUGCAAGCACCUCUGCCCCAAAGGCAAGUGCCCUCCUGCCCCUGAAACACUGUGUGUUUUCAGCUAUGCUAAAGCUACAUGUCACUCCAAGGGAUGCAUCUUGUUCUAGCAUCUGGGGGUAAACCUUGUCCUGGUCCAGGUUGCAGUGUCAGCCCCAGCCUGGUCAGUGGUGACUGCAGACCAUGUUUGGCUGAGAGGUUGUUGGCAGGACUUGGGGGAGGUGAGGGUGGUUUUGUCUGCAGCCGUGCACCCCACAGAUACCUGGCACGUCUGUAUGUCUGUCCUGGUGCUGGCAGUGGAGAGACUGGAGAUGAGUGCUCUGUGUGAGCCCAAACUUCUUAAUCUCAGAGGGGCUUUCCCUGUGACAGCUGGGUGAUCACGCCAGCAGGGAGUGUCUCAGAAACACAUGGCUUCUUGCAUAGAGCAGAUAUACAGGUGGAGGACUCCUUCCCCUGAGGAUGCUGAUGCUGAGCCUCCCACGAGCACCAGAAGCAGUUGCAGGCUGCAUUCGCCUGGGGAGCACUGCUCCCUGGCAAAGCCAGGACCUCAGAGUGGGAUGGGUGCUGCAGGCCUUCAGGUUUGGGGGUUUUUUUGGUAGCACCUGAGUGAGAAAAUGGAGCCCAAAGGUGACAUCCCUGGAGGUGUCUGCAUAUUAUGUAGUUCAGUUGAGUGGUUGUUGGUGAGGCUCGGGUCAGGGCUGCAGGGAAAGAAAACCAGCAACGGCAGAAGAGAAUUGGAAAAGGUUUUUCUUUAAUUUUUUUUUUUUUUUUUGCCCUGUUUUCCUGGGACUUGUGCCCUUCUUUGUAUGGAUGAUGUAGUCUGGAAUGAGGUUUGUUUAAAUUUAUAUGGUCUGUCUUUUUUAUCUUAGAAAUAUCAAGAACAGUAAAUCCAGUGUGCCUA